UGGACUGGCAAAUGAAUCUUGCCAACACUGGCAAUGGGCCUGUGGAGCUCAAAGGACUGAGUGGAGCUCUGGGUAUUCCAGUAACUUAGGAGGUGCAUGGCACGCUGUGUGGCCCACACAGCUCUGAUCUCCAACAGCGGGGAAUGACCGGGGGCUGAGGAGGAAUUGCUAGGAGGCCUGCUGCCCUCCAGGAUCUGCUGCCUGAGGCCAUUGCCUCACAUUGCCUAGUGUUAGAGCUGGCCCUGGCAUAGAAGCAUGCUUGCUUGCUAUAGAGAUUCCAUCCUGGUUGCCUUUUCCCCCCCUCCAUCAAUGUUUCACUUUCUACAGUCAUGAAGACCAGCCCUGCAGUACUGCUCUGUGUUCUGUCAUUCACGAUGGCAUCCAUGGAUGUGUCUUCGCAGCCCCAAUCUCAUCACCCAUCUGAGCCCUCUCCAGAAUCCUCAAGUCUGGUUUGCUUUUAUGACUCAGUGGUGACUAUCAUUUGCACUUGGACCCCAGUGAAAAAUGCCACUGAAGCGCAAUGCCAACUCACAGCUUCUGUUACGUUUAAGACUUCCUGGGAACCUAAGUCAUGUCAACUGCAUGGUACUUCUAACAAGAGCUGCGAGCUGAUCCUUAAGGGUUACUCCUUGACAGUUACAGAUGAUAUUCUCGUUGUUGUGUCUUGCCAUACUGGGGAGAACUGGGUGCAUAUUCAAAAUCAAACAUUUGACCUUUUUCAGAACAUUCAGCUCAAGCCUCCUUGCAAUGUCCGACUCGAAAAUGCCAGCAAGCCUUCCUACAAUUUAACUUGGGAGCUCUGUGUUGUCUCCUAUUAUUUGACUUCGGCAGGAAUGCUGGAAUACGAAAUACGGUAUAAAAGAAAUGAUUUUGGUGAGGCUAACACAAUCCUCUUCAUGGCUCAGGAUCAGAAAUGGCUAAAAUUUGAGAGUCUUUCUCCUGACACAGUCUAUGAGGCAGCUGUCCGCGUGAUACCACGUGGGUACAAGAGCAUAUGGAGCAAUUGGAGCACACCUGUAACAUGGAAGACUGAACCUAAAACUCUUCUUGAAGCACCAGCUCCAAGUGCCUUCCUGCCAGUUCUUCUCACGCUUGUUGGGUGUGCCAUCUUCAUCUCCAUCUUCCUCAUCACCAUUUUCUUGCUGGGCAAAACACCGACAUCAAAAUGCUUAAGGAAAGUGCUGAAGAGCCAUUUGCCAGACCCAGUGGAGUUCUUCCCAUCUCUCGCUGCUCUCCACGGAGGAGAUGUCCAGAAAUGGUUGUCCUCUCCAGCAUCUUCCUUCCACAUGGUCACUGCAGUUCCAGAUGUCUCUGUGCUUGAGAUAAUGCAGAAAGGCAACCAGGAGUCUUGCCUCCUCCUUCCCAAGGAAUGUCUUACUAAUAUGGACACACCAGAGACCAGUGGACAUUCCUCAUCCAGCUGUUUUACCAACCGGGGCUAUUUUUUCUUCCACCACCUUGACUCCCUUGAGAUUGAGCCCUGCAAGGUGUAUUUCACCUACGACCCUGUUGCUCAAGAGUUCAGUGGCGGCGAGGAUGGCAACUCGGACUCCUAUAAAGUGCUCCAUGAAAUGAGGGACAACCAACCGCCACCUGCCUAUAGCAUCAUGACAGGCCAGGAGAAUGAUUCUCUUCUGCAAGAAGCAAAGGGUCCAAAUCAGAAGGUUGGAGCUUGUCCAAGAGCUCUUCCAUCAGGGGGGAGCUCCCCAGUGGUGUCAGAAGUGGAGCAGGAUGAAGACAGAGAAGGGGAUGAGGCCACGGUUCAAUCCUCCAAGUCUCCAGAGCAGCAUUCCAUGGAAUUUUCAUGUGUCCUAGAGCAGUCUGGAAGCAAUACUGAUGGAACAGAAGCAAUCAGAAACAUUGAUCCUCCUAACGGUUCCAAGGAAGAGAAUAGGCCUGCAUUUCUCCAGGCUAUGGUUCAGAAUCCAGGCCAGGCCAAUGAUCUCUGCAGAGCCGGAUCCUCCAGUCAGGUCCCCAGUUCUUCUGAGGCCUAUUUGUCCUUGAAGGAUCUCCAAGGCCAUUACAGCCAUCAUUCUGUUUGAAUUCUGAGAACCAUGCAAGGGGAGACUGUUUCUGAAAGUAAGACAAUUAAACCUGCUCCUUGAAAUAUAAAAUUCAUCAAUUCAGCCUCGUCAAAGAAGAAAAAAUGGAACACGGGAUUUUUAACAGGCAGUGGGACUUGCAUUUUAAGUAGCAUGGAAGCUUUGAUAUAUUUUAACCUGGUUAUAAACAGUCUCGUAUGUAAGCACUCACAUGGUAGCCAUGAGUGACAAGGAACUACAUGCAGGUGAGCACAUAGAAUUCCAUACAGGCAAGUGAAUAGAUUGUCAGAGGAAGAAGCUGAAUGUUGGAAGAUUCAGGACAGACAAAAGGAAGUACUUCUUUACUCAGCGCAUAGUUAAACUAUGGAAUUUGCUCCCACAAGAUGCAGUAAUGGCCACCAGCUUGGAUGGCUUUAAAAGAAGAUUAGACAAAUUCAUGGAGGACAGGGCUAUCAAUGGCUACUAGCCGUGAUGGCUGUGCUCUGCCACCCUAGUCAGAGGCAGCAUGCUUCUGAAAACCAGUUGCCGGAAGCCUCAGGAGGGGAGAGUGUUCUUGCACUCGGGUCCUGCUUGCGGGCUUCCCCCAGGCACCUGGUUGACCACUGUGAGAACAGGAUGCUGGACUAGAUGGGCCACUGGCCUGAUCCAGCAGGCUCUUCUUAUGUUCUUAUGUUCUUAUGAGUGCUCUUUCUCUCUUCUGCAAGUAGAAUAUAAACCAGUGAUGAGAAACUUGUGGCCCUCCAGAUGUUGCUGGACUCCAAUGCUCAUCAUCCCCAGCCAGCAUGGCCAAUAAUCAGGGAGGAUGGAAGCUGUAGUCCAGCAACAUCUGGAGAGCCAGAGGUUCCCCAUCCCAGAUAUAAACAAAGUAGGUUGCUAGAAACCAGAAACCUCCUUCUCCAAGCCCAGCAUAAAAAUGCAGCAAUCUGACUGAGAAUCAAUGGAGUUUUCUAUCCAUCCUCUGCUACCUUCCAGCAAUAUAUCCAUCCUCUGCUACCUUCCAGCAAGACUUUGCAGGCUAAUAACUUCCAUGGGUUCAUUUACAAAUAGAAAUGGGCUGCCUUCAAGUCGAUUCCGACUCAAGGAGACCCUAUGAAUAGAGUUUUCAUGGUAAGCAGUAUUUAGAGGUGGCUUUAUCAUUGCCUUCCUCUGAGGCUAAGAGGCAGUGACUGGUCCAAGGUCACCCAGUGAGCUUCAUGGCUGUGUGGGGAUUUGAACCCUGUUCUCCCAGGUCAUAGUCCAACACUCUAACCACUACGCCACACUGGCUCUCAUUUACAAGGCUGGUGUAAAAGUUAGGUAACCUGCUUUUUUAUUAUUUCUAUUGAAACGUUUACAACAUCCCUCUCUUUUUCGUCUCCUUUCCGUUUUUGAAAUCAAUCACCACAGAAGUCAAGGAAGUAUAUACAAAUCAGCUUUUGGGCCUCCAAUGUUUCUUUUCUGCAAAACACUACUUUUUGCUUGCUAACUCCCAGAGAUUUCUUCCAUCCAUCAUUCUAUGGUCUAGGGUAGAUUCCUUUUGCUCUUAAGACCAUUAUUUCUCAUCAGCCCUGCCCAUAUAGGGUUGCCAGGCUCAGGGCCUGAGACUGAUCCUGUAUCUUUAGGAGAAGAGAAAGUCAGCCAAGUGAGGCUGGGCCUGGCAACCAAGAGGUCUUCUGUAUCUUUAAAAGUUGUGCAGGGAGAAGGUAGAAUUCCACCUUGUGGUUUUUCCUAUUACAGUGUUGCAAGAACACCUGCACUUGGCUGACUUUCUCUUCUCCUAAAGAUACAGGAUCAGUCUCAGGCCCUGAACCUGGCAACCCUAUGCCCAUAGGAUCCUCUCAUUCCUUAUCUCAAGUGGCCAUUGCACCCUUUGCACAAAAUAAGCUGCAAGCCCACAACCUAUAGGGAAAAUAAGAAAUAAUGGAAAGAAGGUUCUCAAAGAGGAUGAGGCAGAGGGAUGGUCUUCUGAGAUGUAGACCUCUUCUCUGUCCCUAAGUAUAUCUCAAGGGGGUUUACUUGUCCCUGCUCACUCGCAGGAACUAACCAUGCAAUUCUAAUCAUGUCCACUCAGAAGUAAGUCCUAUUGAAUUCAGUGGUGCUUACUCCCAGGUAAAUGACUUAUACCAAAUCAGACCAUUAGUCCACCUAGCUAGUCAGUAUUAUCUCUGUGUUGACUGGGAGCAAUUCUCCAAGGUUUCAAAAAGGAGUCUUUUCCCGACUUCACCCAGAGAUGCUGGGAACUUAAUAUGAGAUCUUUUGUAAAAAAAAUGUUUUUAUCAUAAUCAUAAUAAGUAUUACAAAAGGAACCAAGAAAAAAGGAUAAACAACUAUAAUAACACAAAACAAUACAACCCCACAAGUUAACAACCCAAUGUCAUUAAGAAUUCACCAAUACCCCAAAACUAAUCAGAUUCAAUGAUUCCAACAAAAAGCAUAAAUAAUGAAAUAUAAAUAUGAAAAGGAAAACAAGGGGGAUAAGAUGCAACUUAGAUUUUGCCAGUAAUGGAAGUAAUCCCCAUUGACUUUGAACAGGGACUUACUCCCAACACAGAAAGCUGCAUUAUCAAAUCAGACUGUUCGGCCAUCUAGCUCAGUAUUGUCUACUCUGACUGGCAGUGGCUCUCCAGGAUUUCAGGCAGAGGUCUUUGCCCUGGGACCUUCUGCAUGCAAAGCAGGUAGAUGCUCUACUACUGAGCUACAGUCCCUCUUGACCUUUAGGUCCAGGCAUGUCACAGGGUGAGUCAAAUGAUUAUGAUUAAAAUGAUUCAAAGCCCUUUGAUUCAAAGCCAGACUAUGACCCUGUAAUGAAAACAAAUAUAUUAUUAUUAUUAUCAUUAUCAUUAUUAUUUACUGCUGAUGAAUUGUAUUUUCUUGACUACUGUAGUUUCUUACCACUUUUUAAAAAACUUUAUUAUAGUAUUUGUUGUUCUUACCACUUUUUAAAAAACUUUAUUAUAGUAUUUCUGAUAUAUUAGUCUUAUUAUUUUGAAUUGUGCUAUGCUAUUAGUCACUUUGAGGUCGCUUGCAGAAGAAAGGUGGACUACAGAAAAUACAGAAAUACCUACAAUAGGACCAUUAGUGCAUGUUCUUCCAUGUUUAAGUACAGGAAAUAUUUUCACAAUAAAAGCAAACCUAAUUUCCCAUUACAACUGGAAUAUUCUAGUGAUGUCUUUUUGUCUUGCAGGACAAAAUAUCUCUCUUUCAUUUGAUUACGAUAAGAUUAUUAUGGAGCAGCAGAGUUCAUAGCCUGUACUAGGGACAGGGGAGAAUAUCUGCUAAAUUGGACUUAGUACCGGAUUUUGACUGAAUUCAACAGUCCACUGUCUUUUUGGACUGGCAUUGAUAUUUGCAGUGGGCUGUGGCUGUAAUCAGCAUGGCUUUUAUUUUUAAUCCCCCCCUAAUUUUACGUAAUUAUCUUUGUAAUUACAGUCGCUAUUAUCCAUUAACUUCCAUGGAUUUACAUAAGCAUUUAUGUUAAAAAUUAUGUAAUUUUUUUUGCCACCAAAAAAACCACCCAACAGCGGAUCAAAUCAGUGAGUGCAAAAGCAAGUGGGGAAAAAAAAAUGUGGAUUGGGAUUGAACAACAGAAUACAAGCAGAUCAGAACUAGGCAGCGAACCCCCUCCCUAGCCUGUACCAGUAAAAAUUUGUCUAAUUGAUAUAGCCUGUUCUGUUGUUUCCCUUACUUGAGGAAAUCAUCACAUAAUUUACAGAGAUGAUGGGUGAAUCAUCUCACAUAAAUAGAUACAGUUCUGCACCUGUGCCUAAAACAAAAACAGAAUCAUUUACUUCAAAGCAUUAAGUAUUCAAUUAACAUUUGCCAUGCUUCCGCCCUGCUUUGAAGCAGAUGUACUAUCAUCACAAUAAUAUUGUGUAGAAGUACUGCUUUUUCCAUAAUGCAGCAUUUGCAUGACUGCCAUAAUAGCCAUUUCCAGUUAUCACAUGUAUUUAUUUUUCUUCUUCAUCACCUCUUCCUGGACUUGUAUCAAGAUGAAUCAAGAAAUCUUAGAAAAUGAAUUCCUUCCAAAUUUCUAGAAAUCUGCAAGGAUGGAAUGAGCAAUCAAAGAACUUUUCCAGUUUACUACAAAGUUUCUCCAUUUUAAAAAGAAAAGAAAAGUAAUGUACUUAAAUGCAUGCCCUCAUGCACUGAUAUUAGAAUUUUAGAUUGUGAGUUACUUGGGACAGGACCCUGUCCUUUUGUUCUCUUUGUAGCAAUAGGCACACCAAUGGUUUUCUCUCUUGUAUACAUCCUUUAACUCUGUUGAUCAUGUUGUAAAGCCAAAACAUCUGUGUAUUUAUGUUGGACUCCUAGUAUGUAAUAAGUAUUAUGUAAUAAGGAAUGGAAGUUUUUAUUGGGCGUAAAUUUUACCAUGGAAAAUACUGCACUAUAGAGUUUGUCCUGAUUAUAGAACAGGAAGCCAUGAAAUACCAAAGUAUGUCUGUGCUGCCACCUCUGCAGUGUUGCAUCGCUGGGUGGUUUUCUUGUUAAUAUUGUGCUUGCCUCAGUGCUAACCUCAGUCAUUACCGACACUCUUUGUUCUAACAAAAACAGGAAAUGUAAGUCAAAACAUUUAAUUGUAGAUUGCACUUAUCUGAUAACAAAUCAAUGCUGUGUACAGGUUUGUUUGUUUGUUUGAUUGAUUGUUUGUUUGUUUGUUGGCAAGUAUUGGCCUUCAUGUGCUUACUAGAUUAUUUAUUUUUUACAUUUAUACCCCACCUUUCUUUCACCAUGGAACCCAAGACGGCCUCCCAUCCAGGCACUGACAAGACCCAAACCUGCUUAGCUUCAGCAAGGUGGUGGCUUCAUGUGCCUUUAGAUCAUAGCCUGAUUACAAGAACCACUGAUGAUAACUGGGUGUGUGUGUUCUUAAUACAUUAGAAGGGAGAUCCCCUUUCAGUUUUUGAUGUUGACCGUGAUCUUAGGGCAGUCACUCACUCAGUCUCCCAGAGAUGUCACACAGAUAAAAUGGGGGGAUCCAUAUAUGUUAUCUUGAGCUCUCUGGAGGAACUAUGG